AUGGCUCCAGCUCCAUCACUGCGCUUCAGCUCAUUCUUAGCUCUCUUGCAUUGUACGAUGCUUGCGGGCGCAGUCCCCUUUGCUGCUGGCAAGUGGAAACUGGUACAGGAAGGCAACACAGGUGUCAGCGCAAUGCAGCUCGCAGUAGUCUCGGAGACCAAGGCUAUCAUCUUCGACAAGGUUGAGGCAAAUCCUUUGCAGACGAAUGGGCAUUCGGCGUGGUCCGCUGAGAUCGAUCUGCCCUCGCGGACCGUUCGCGCUUUGAAUCCAAUUACGAACACUUGGUGUGCAACAGGAAGCUUUCUAAGUAAUGGCACGUUCAUCCACUCGGCUGGCAACCCGUUCGUGAACAUAAGCCAGGGCAAUAUCGGCCCUGACGGACGGCAAGCGAUUCGGAUGUUCACUCCAUGUACCGACGCUAGCUGUGACAUUAUCGAAGAUGCUCAACACCUUCGCCUGACCUCACGACGUUGGUAUGCCUCUUCUGCAAGGUUGGAAGAUGGAUCGAUGUUCAUAUUUGGAGGAUCUAUAGAUAACGCAUUCAUCAACAACGUGACCAUCAACAAUCCCACAUUUGAGUUCUUCCCUCCCAAGAACAUCAACGGCUUUAAUGGCCUUCAGAUUCCCACCCGGUUCAUGGAAGACACCGUCAAAGGGAACCAUUUCCCCAACGUACAUACCUUACCUGAUGGCCGCUUGUUCAUAUCUGCCAACCGAGAGGCCAUGAUUUUGGAUUGGAAGACAAACACCGAGGUUCGGCUCCCAGGAAUUCCAAAUGGCGUCCGAAUUAGCUCCCCCUUCUCUGCUUCCGCUGUGCUACUUCCUUUGACGCAGGCAAAUAACUUUACCCCCGAAAUCAUGAUAUGUGGCGGAUCCGUCGUCGACGACACACUGGAGGAGAGUCAAUACUCUUCACAAACGCCAGCUUCUGCCCAGUGCGCACGACUUGUACUCACGCCAGCUGGCAUAGCGACUGGCUGGAAGGUUGAGUCAAUGCCACAACCUAGGCUGAUGGUCGAGCUUAUUUUGCUACCCGACGGCCGGGUGCUUGCCGUGAAUGGGGCACAAACCGGUGUGGCAGGCUACAACAGCACAUUCGAUCCCGUGGGGUUGGAAAGUAAUGCAGAUAAACCGGCGCUCACUGCUGCCGUCUAUGACCCUGAUGCUCCUCUUGGAAGGCGUUUCUCCUCUGCUGACAUUCCAGCGUCCAGCAUUCCAAGGAUGUAUCAUUCGACUGCUUCUCUUACUCCUGACGGCUCUGUCCUUUUGGCCGGAUCUAACCCAAAUGUCCAAUUUACGACAGAGGGCAGAUUUCCGUCAGAGUACAGAAUGGAAUUUCUAUCACCCCCGUAUAUGUUCAGCAAUCGACCUACUGUCAAUGGCGUACCUGCCACUGUGGACUUCGGUAAAACGUUCACACUCAACAUCAAUCUACCCCCCAACGUGCGAGACGUAUCAGUGUCGCUGAUGGAUCUCGGGUUCGCUACACAUGGUGUUCACAUGGACCAAAAGUUAGUCCAAUUGCAGUCUACACUCUCACGCAACAAGAAAACGCUGCAAAUCACCGCUCCUCGUGAUGGACGAUUGUUCUCUCCUGGUCCAGGCUUUUUGUUUAUAGUUACCAAUGAAGGCGUACCGAGUGUUGGACAUAAGGUGUUAAUCGGUACUGGCGCAUCUCCACCCGUGGACCAAGGAGCGAUUGAUAAGUACGCUGCAUCCCCCCUCCCGCAAAUCCUCGCGCUUAUGCCCAAUUUUUAG